AAAUAGACAUUAAUUAAUUACUUUAAUCAAUCUGAAUUCUCAUUAAAAUCGACUAAAAUACAAUUCAGCGAAGCUAUUGCGUAAUUCUCUAGUUUUGAGUUUCUUACACGUAACCGACCGCAUCGCGCGGUCUGAAUUAGUUGCUGUGCUACAAACUUUUAAAAGAUCGCAGAAAAAUGGAUAUAUCGCGAGAGCGAUAUAUAUUCCGCACCAAAGAACAAAUUGAAAAAUCAAAAAAUAAAUUAACACCGAAAUAUGAGGAGUUAGCAGAUCGAUACAGUUUUAUUUGGAACUGGAAACCACAGACUGAUAUAUGGCCAUUGUCAUAUAGCCGCAGUAUCCUGGUUAGUAUGGCGACGCUUACUGGUAUAUAUCUUAAUCAUCGAUUUAGAGCAAGGCUAAAGAUGCGAAAUUAUGGUGCAAUACCUACAUUUAUAGGAGUUACAACAACCUCAGCUGCAACUACAGCUUAUAUUCAUACAGAGUUUGUCCUGAAUAAAUUAUUAUUAUUAGAGAUACCAUGUGCUUUAUGCUUGGAGUCUCAGUCUGCUUUGUUACAAAGUUGUACUGGAGUGUUUCUACCACUAAUACUCAUACCAUUUGGAAACUUCUCAAUUGCUGCUGGCAGUGGAGUAUAUAAUGUACCACACAUAAGUGACAUAAAAGGAAUAUUUAGAACUAUUUUCUCGACUUAUCAGCCAUUGAUUCCAAAAAUUGUAACAAUUUUCACUUUUCAAACACUAAUAGCUGGUUUUCUAACAUAUUCAGAAAUAAAAUCUUAUCUUCGUGUAUUAGAUUUACAAUAUUUGCUCAAUUAA